AGAGGGAGGAGAGACAAUCGAAGCAGGAAGGAAGGCAGGCGGAGAGAAGGAAAGAGAGGUAGGCUGUGAAUGCUAACAAGCCCGUGGUAGUCGUCCACAGCUUCCCAAACAUGUAAUGGAGAGAAAGGACAAGCACCAUUAAGCUAGCUACUAUGCACGAGCGCCUCGGUCUCCUCCCCGUGCGCGUGCCGCUGCCUCGCAGCCAUCCGCACGUUUAAUCCAACGAGUGAAAAAAAACAACGAAGGUCUUUUCCCCCCGCUGAGUGAAAUGUAUCGCGACUGCACGGGAACCACACUGUGACAAUGGAGAUUGAAAAUAUCGUGGCCAACACGGUUCUCCUCAAGGCGAGAGAAGGUGGCGGAGGGAAGAGGAAUGGUCGCAGCAAGAAGUGGAAGGAGAUGCUAAAACUACCCCAUAUCAGCCAGUGUGAGGAGCUGCGUCGCAUUAUUGAAAGGGACUAUACCAGUCUUUGUGAGAAACAGCCCAUUGGUCGGCUUCUAUUUCGUCAGUACUGUGACACCAGGCCAGAGCUGAAGCGCUGCAUCGAAUUCAUGGAUGCUGUGGCCAUGUAUCAGCUAGCUCCCGAUGAGAAGCGGAGGGACUGCGGAUUGAAUGUUUUAGACACUUACUUCAAUAAUGGGUCGGCAGCCCAUCUGCCAGGCAUACCCCAAGACGUGGUUGCUGGAUGCCGGGAGAGACUUGAACAGAGUCCUUGUAAGGAGCUCUUCAAUGACUGCACCAAAAUAGUUCGUGAUUAUCUAAGUGGUGCACCAUUUUCCUCCUACCAGGAGUCCAUGUACUUCUCUCGCUUCCUGCAGUGGAAAUGGUUGGAGAGGCAACCAGUAACCAAAAAUACCUUCAGACAUUACAGAGUACUAGGAAAAGGUGGAUUUGGUGAGGUUUGUGCCUGCCAAGUACGUGCCACCGGUAAGAUGUACGCCUGUAAAAAGCUGGAAAAGAAACGAGUGAAGAAAAGAAAAGGUGAAGCAAUGGCACUAAACGAAAAACGAAUUUUAGAAAAAGUUAACAGUAGUUUUGUAGUUAGUUUAGCAUAUGCCUAUGAGACCAAGGAUGCCCUGUGCCUGGUGUUGACGAUAAUGAAUGGUGGUGACUUAAAAUUCCACAUCUACAACAUGGGCAAUUCUGGCUUUGAUGAGCAGAGAGCCAUCUUUUACGCUGCUGAGAUCUGCUGUGGCCUUGAGGACCUGCACCGUGAGAGAAUAGUCUACAGGGAUUUAAAACCUGAAAACAUCCUUUUGGAUGAUCGUGGGCACAUCCGCAUUUCAGACUUGGGUCUUGCUGUGCAAAUUCCUGAAGGAGAGACGAUAAGAGGAAGAGUAGGCACUGUUGGAUACAUGGCUCCCGAGGUAAUCCAGAAUGAGAGUUACACCGUUAGUCCAGACUGGUGGGGUCUAGGCUGUCUUAUCUUUGAGAUGAUUCAAGGCCAGUCACCCUUUCGCAAGCGCAAGGAACGUGUCAAGCGGGAGGAGGUGGACAGACGAGUGCGUGAGGAUCCUGAGGAGUACUCGGAUAAGUUCUCUGAAGAAGCAAAAGAUAUCUGCCGCCAGCUCCUGGCUAAAGAUCCUAAAAAUCGUCUCGGUUGUCAGGGUCGCGGCGCCAUAGAGGUCAAGCAGCACUCGAUCUUCAGGAACAUCAACUUCAAACGAUUGGAGGCGAACAUGCUAGAACCUCCUUUCAGCCCAGAUCCUCGGGCUGUGUACUGCAAAGAUGUCCUUGAUAUCGAGCAGUUCUCCACUGUCAAAGGUGUGAACCUUGACCCCACCGAUGACGACUUCUACCACAAGUUUGUCACAGGAAGUGUCUCCAUCCCGUGGCAGAAUGAGAUGAUUGAAAUGGAGUGCUUCAAAGAAAUCAAUGUCUAUGAGACUGAUGGGACAUUAUGUCCAGACCUGGACAUGAACCGGCCGAACCCUCCACCAAAGAGAGGCUUCUUCUACCGCCUGUUUAGAAGAGAGGUCUGUUUUAAGGGCGGUUACAGUGACGAUGAGUUUGAGGAGCCCUCGCGACUUUAAACCACUCCCUUUGCACCACCCCCUCUCCCCCAAAACACCCCCAACCCCCUGACACCACCCCUCUCACUUUGCCGCUAAUCUUCACCGUAAACUCCAGCCGAUUGCAAAUCUUAGGAACUCAGUGAAUGUUGACCUGUAUUUAUGAGCUGUAUUAAAAGUGUAUUAUAAUUAAAGAAAAAAAAGUAUGAGUUUAAAGAUUUUGUACCUUUGUACUUGAAUUUAUGUCUAGAUGUAUAUUUUCACUAAAGGUUGUAUUGUACAAAAAGCCAUAAAAGUACCACUUGAAUGCAUACAUGACAUUUUCAUUUUAUUGUCUUUGGGAAUGACUAUGGAUAUGUGUUUUUUUAUUUGUUUGUUUUUGUUUUUUUUAAGAAGCACAGUACAAUUUUACUUUUCUCAAUGUAGCAUAAGGAAUUUAUUUUUAUUUUUAAAUGUGCUGUAUGUGUUGAGCAUUGGCCAAUGACAUGUUUUUAGCACAUCAGAUCCAACGAUCCCAAAUUAACCCCAUUGCCUCCUUAUCCUUCAUGGCUCAGGUACAUCUGAAUGAAUUCUGUCAAUAAUGGAGAAUACAUUUGACCAUAAUUGCUAAUGGCAAUUUUACAGUACAUUAUAGUACUGUACAUAAAAUCCCUCCCGCUCUCACUAUUCUCGUGAUUGAUUGUUAGGUUUAACCCAUGUAAGCCUCUUCCCAAGUGGUGCAGAUCUUGACUACAAAUGUUGGUAUAAUAUCCGACAGUCCAAAAACCUGUGAAUUGAAAGGCUCACAAUAUCACGAUCAAGAUCAGGCCUUGUUUCCUCCCCCGGCACACAGCCUUUAAAUAAAUGUCUGUCAUUCACUGCUGAGGCAGAGAGAUGGGGCAUUUCUUUAUCCCAGACCCCUUUUUAACCUUCUGAUGAUACCAAUUGUAUCUUUCUUAUUCUUAGAAUCUUUCUCUCAAAACUCUUCCUCUCUUUGUGUUGAAUUACUCCUAAAGACCUAGACUAAUGAGGAAUGAUGGCAUAAUAGGAAAAAUCUGACCUGUAGCUGACAAUUACUACAUGUUGGUGAAACACCUCUGUUGACUUAAAUGAACCACCAUCUGUUCUGUCAGUAGCUUUUAGCCACUGAAGUGAGUAAUAAAACAAAACAAAAUAAAACAAAAAAA